AUGACGCUGGCGAACGCCUUCUCUAUGAUGGCGUUCCCCACGUCGGUCUUGCUCAUGGCUCACAUGUUGCAGCCUGCAGUCCCCAGUUCCGUCUAUUACGCCUUCGACGAGCUCCGCGAAGCUCCUCGGCAAAUCUUCAAUGGUCUACCCACAGCAAACCGCAUCCUCUCCCGAGUUGAACGCAUUAUGGAUGGGGUUGACGCCCUUGCCAAUGAAUUCUCCAGCGGUACUCUCUUCUGGACUUUUCCCAUCCUUGAGAGGGAGAUUCGACGACGCGAGGGCUACAGGGGACCCGAAACUUGCACCCCCAUCUGGAACGCUUCCAACUAUUUCGUCCUGUACCAAUGCCCGCUCCCUGGACAGACCAAGGUCCGCAAACCUAAACUCGAAUUUCCACCGCUUCCGUUGGGUCUUCCGCCCGCCCCUCCCCGGCUGACUGAUCCCCAUCCCCUCUCAUACGUUGUGCCUUACUGGGAGUGCCCUGACGAAUUGGUCGGUUCUCCCGUCCGUCCUUGGUUGCCUCAGCCCAAGAAGACGUGCGAGUACCCUCGUCCUCCUCCGAAACCCAAGGCGCAGCCUGUCCUGGAGCCCAAGAGGGAAUGCCAACUCUUCUCUCGGACCUGCUGUUCGGGGAAUGGAGCGCCAUAUCCUAGCUGGCAUAUCGCCCUGGACUUCCUUCUCAUGUUUAUGGCCGUGUACUUGUUCUGUCCCGAGGUGGUCUGCGAGACCAUAAAGGAGACGCUUCACAAGCAUUGCCCUCGAUCUGCCGAGCGGUGGUUCUACUACCUCUUCCCUUCGGAGAGGAAGAAAAGGAAGAGAUGGCCCUUGUCCUACUUGAGACCCGGAGCCCCUCGCAUCCCGCCUGCCCAACCUGUACCGCGUUAUACCCGUCCACCUUCCCUCUAUAAACCAAUGCCAGUACCCAUGAUGACCGAACCCGAGAAGGACCCUCUGUGUGUCAUUCGGGAUGCGCAGCUUGUUGCAGUCCCCUGGAUCGUGCACGUUUCGCUCGUGGUUGGCGUUCCGUGUUUUAAUCCGGAGGGUAUGGUCUUUGACCUUCUCUGUCGACUCGCUUGUUGGAUGGUUGGUGAGGUGUAUACGAGGGUCUUCCCCGGACCUGAGCCGACCAUUGUCAUUCCCCCGGUCAAGCCUACCGUCGAAGCUCCUGUUACACCUCCAGGACCCAGUACCCGCUGUGUCCCCGCUUUGAUAUGCAUUCCUGGUACACCUUACGUUCGCAGGCCUAGGAAGACUGUUCGGGAUCGGUAUCGUGUGAAAUCGGAAUUGGAGGAGAAGGUUGAACGUAAUGACACUCCUCCGUCCAAGAACUUGAAGGAUACGACUGCUGUCAGUGACAGCCUGGUCGUUCCGGAAGCGGUGGACUUGAAAACCCCGGUGCAACUUCCUGCCAAACCGUCUAGUACUACCGAUAGUCAGCCCAAUGUUCUCGAGAAAUCUGGUUUUGUAGUUAACGACGAAGUGUCUGCUGUCAGUGACAGCCCCGUCGUCGACGAGGAAGCCAUCGAGAGAACAUUGGUACAACCUCUCACUAGCCAGCCCAACUCCGCGCCCGUUGUCAUUGUCGAGACUUCCGUCCAGUCUGUGGAACCGGCGGACUCGGACGCCGACAAGUACUCCAUCUCCGUCUUGCCUAUCCCUGCUGAACUCGCCGAAGACUGGGUGGACGUCGCCAACGAGUGUGUUUGCAUCGAUGCUCCGCCAGAUGCGACUGCUGAUACUGCCGAAGACCACGGUACGCGAGUCGACGUCGCGGAGGAGUCUCUCGAUGUCGGGACGGUCUGUGCCACUUUGCCUUCCUCUAUGCCUGGGUCCUUCCCCACCGGAGAUCUGGAGGCCACUCUCGAGCUCAGAACUGUUGCAGAGUCGGUCGUCGAGCUCGCUCCUGCUAAGAUUCAAGUUGACGUCGAGGAACAGAGGGUUACGGGCGAAGACUCGAUUGGUCCUAUGACUCCUGUCGUCGUGCUUUCUCCUCCCUUCACAGAUAGCCAUACCCCCUCUGGCUCGCCUCCAGACAUGUACCCCAUCGCCAUUGGAGGCCUCGCUUGGGGUGUCGGCCCGGGCUCGAGCUGCAGCACCUCAGGUACUACCGCGUUUGAGGACUCCAAUGUAACGACCGAAAACUCGAUUGGUCCUGUGACCCCUGCCGUAGUGUUUUCUCCUCCCUUCACAGAUAGCCAUACCCCCUCUGGCUCUCCUCCAGACACGGUCCCCAUCGCCAUCGGAGGCCACACUUGGGAUGUUAGCCCAGGCUCGAGCUGCAGUACCGGUACCUCAGGGAUGACCUCGUUUUCCGCCUCCAAUUUGAUGAUGGACCUAGCGGGCCUCGUCGAGGGCAUCGCUUCGAAGAUCGUCAACCUCGCGGACCUCGUCGAUGAACUCAAUGCUGAUGAUAGUGUGCUCGACGCUCCCGUGUUCUGUGAAGAGGAGGGGAUUGUGGUCAGUGUGCUCGACUCUUCUGCUCUUUGUGAAGAGGAGGGGAUUGUAGUCGGUGAUCUAGCACAGUGGCAGGAGGACAGCGUUGAAUCGGCGCCGGAGGACAGCGAUGAUUCACCACGGGAGGACAGCGAUGAGCCAAAAAAGGACUCGGAGGUGCUCAACGACUGCAACGCUCUCGACGAGGUGCAUCUCGCUGAUGCGGCGCGACUUGUUGCCUUUUUCAAUGCUGAACUUGAUGCGCACCGGUCGGCUCGUGCUGCUUCGACGAUUUUCUGGAAUUGUGAGAGGGCCCAGCUUUGUGAUUCGGUUGUCGAAUCGAAGUCAGAGCCCUCGCAGUCGGACUCGGAACCCCAGGAUCAGGAAGGCGAGGAAUGUGAACUUCACGACGAGCAGCAGUUCGAUCACGCAGCACCUCCUUCCCAACUCGUCCCCUUCACCCGCUCAACCUUCUUAAAGGCUUUCCUACGUGCCCGCAAACGCGCGCGAGACCGCGCCCGUCUCCGUUCGGAACUCGUCCUCCUCAUGGUCUACGGUGGAGGGUUCGAACCCGACCUCGUGAACCAUCCUCGGCCGACCGUUGACAAGGGACCGAUUGAGCUCCCGCAUCCGCAUGGGCUGUUCAAGCGGAGUCGGGGGUCGAAGCAGACGAGGAUUAGGAGGGCGAAGGAGAGGGAUGCUGCGAGGAGGUGGGUGAGUGGGAUGCGUGCGUGGGUUGAUGAGGUGGAGGAGGAGGAUUGGGAGGAGGAGGAUGAAGAAGACGAUGAAGAUGAUGAAGAGUACGAGGGGGGAGAUGAUGGAGAGUCCGGGGAGGAGGAAGGUGAUGAGGAAGAGCAGAAAGGGCUGGAUGAGAAGAGGGGUACAUUGGUUCAGCCGGAGGAGGAGGCUGGAGUCAAGGAAGAUGAUGUGGAAGCGGUCGAGGAGGCCCACCAAGAACAGUCUCCUGUGAUCGAUGAAAGAGUCGAGAGUGUUGAUGAGGCGGUUGUGGAUCAGGUUGAUGAACCGGGUUUUACCGUCGUGAUGUCCCGCACAGCUGCGGCGAACCAGCCACCGGUGGAAGCAACAUCUCCCAGUCCAGCACGGACCGAGGCGCCUCCAUCUAAUCAGCUACGAAUUGAAGAACCUGCACCACUGAACAGGGCACGGGUGGAGGGUGCGACACCAAACUGGGGACGGAUUGCGACGGCCGCAUUGGACCAGGUACGAGGGGACAGAGAUGCGCCAAGGCGGACGCGAGUUGAGGAGGCCACAUCACUGAACUGGGCACAAGCAGUCUCAGAAGAACCUGCACCAAGCGCCGCGCGAGUCGAACCACGCACACGAAAUCGGAAGAAGGGACGGGACGAACCCGCUCGACGAAACCAGGUGCGGCUCGACACGCUUCGAUCGAACCCAGCGUGGGUGGAUGCCAGCGCACCUGCGCCAAAUUGGUCGCAGGUCGAAGCGGAACCUGUUGGCGGUGCCAGGGGCACAGGCCGGCGAGGUGGACGCACUGGGCAGAGGCAGCGUAAAGGACCUGUUCGUCCUUGA